AGGAUUUCCGUAUGCGAUCUCGAUUCGCGUCGCCUGCCCCCGGAACCCUUGUUUUGCGUGGCCGUGUUUGAGGAGGGGCUGUAACAAGGUGGAGCGCGGAAGCGGCGGGGCUGCUGUGUGGCAGUGUGUGUUCGACUGGAGAAAGUAGAGUAGAGAAGACAGAAGACGACGCAAGACGCAAGGCUUAAAAUGGCUUUACACCUCACCAUCAAUUCCAACAACCCGCCUUUUGGGGCGCUGCUUGCUGCUGAGCUCGUGAAAUCAUCUGUCAGCGUGUCUGUGGAAGAGGGCAAAGAAACCAGCAUGCGGGUCACCGAUAAGGUGCUCUUCAGUGAUGUGAACUCCAUCGCUCGCUACCUGGCUCGGGUCGCCCCGGCUCUCGGGCUCUACGGCUCCAACCUGCUGGAGCAGACGGAGGUUGACCACUGGCUGGAGUUCAGCGCAAAGCGUCUGUCUGUCCCGGCCCAGCUGGACUCUGCAGUCCAGGAGCUCGACAGCGCCCUCUCUCUGCGAACUUUCCUGGUGGGGAACUCCCUGACCUUGGCUGACCUCUGUGCUUGGGCGGCUCUCAAAGGGAACGGAGCCUGGCAGCAGCAGCUCUCUCAGAACCGGGCUCCGGGACAUGUCAAGCGCUGGUACAGCUUCCUAGGAACGCAGGCCGCCUUUAAAUCCGUGGGCAGCAAGUGGGCGACCACAGCGGUGCAGCAGAACGGAGUGUCAUCAGAGAAAAAGCAGGAUGUGGGGAAGUUCGUUGAGCUGCCCGGGGCUGAGAUAGGGAAGGUGGUGGUGCGAUUCCCUCCAGAAGCCAGCGGCUACCUGCACAUCGGCCAUGCCAAGGCUGCCCUGCUGAACCAGCACUACCAGGUGAACUUCAAAGGCAAGCUGAUCAUGCGAUUCGACGACACCAACCCCGAGAAGGAGAAGGAAGAUUUCGAGAAGGUUAUCCUGGAGGACUUGUCUCUGCUGCAAAUCCACCCUGACCAGUUCACCUACACCUCGGACCACUUUGACUUGAUCCUCAAGCUUGCAGAGAAGAUGCUGCACGAGGAUAAGGCCUACAUUGACAACACGCCUGCCGAGCAGAUGAAACAGGAGAGAGAGCAGAGGAUCGCAUCUCACAACCGUUCCAACUCUGUGGAGAAAAACCUGCAGAUGUGGGAGGAAAUGAAGAAAGGCAGCGAGUACGGGCAGACCUGUUGCAUGAGGGCCAAGAUUGACAUGAACUCCAACAACGGCUGCUUGAGAGACCCCACCAUGUACCGCUGCAAGAACCAGCCACACCCACGCACAGGCAGCAAGUACAAGGUGUAUCCCACGUACGACUUCGCCUGCCCUAUUGUGGACAGCGUGGAGGGGGUGUCCCAUGCGCUGCGCACCACAGAGUACCACGACCGGGACGAGCAGUUCUACUGGUUCAUCGAGGCCCUGGGAAUCCGCAAGCCCCACAUCUGGGAGUACGCCAGGCUCAACCUCAACAACACUCUGCUCUCCAAGAGGAAGCUCACGUGGUUUGUGGACCAGGGCUUCGUGGAAGGCUGGGAUGAUCCUCGAUUCCCCACUGUCAGAGGGGUACUCCGGCGGGGCAUGACUGUCGAGGGGCUCAAGCAGUUCAUCGCUGCCCAAGGUGGUUCCAGGUCUGUUGUCAACAUGGAGUGGGACAAGAUCUGGGCGUUCAAUAAGAAGCUGCCAAUUAGCUGUAAAAAGGUGAUCGACCCGGUGGCACCCCGAUACACGGCUCUGCUGAAAGAUGAGGUCGUCCCGGUCAACAUCCCCGCAGCCAGCGAGGAGUACAAAGAGGUGGCAAAGCACCCUAAGAACGCAGAGGUGGGGGUGAAGCCGGUGUGGUACGGACCUCGCGUCCUGGUGGAGGGGGGCGAUGCGGAGACCUUCAAAGAGGGAGAGACCGUUACUUUCAUCAACUGGGGCAACAUUGACAUCACCAAGAUACACAGAGAUGCGAGCGGGCGCAUUGUGUCCCUGGACGGUCAGCUGAAUCUAGAGAACCGCGACUACAAGAAGACCACCAAGAUCACGUGGCUGACGGAGACCCCCCGAGCCCCGCUGGUGCCCACCGUGUGUGUCGUCUACGAUCACCUCAUCACGAAGCCUGUGCUGGGCAAAGAGGACAACUUCAAAGACUACAUCAACAAGAACAGCAAGGCAGAGGAGAGGAUGCUGGGAGACCCAUGCCUGAAGGAUCUGAAGAGAGGGGACAUUAUCCAGCUGCAGAGGAGGGGCUUCUACAUCUGCGACCAGCCCUACGAGCCAAUUAGCCCAAACAGCUGCAAGGAGUCCCCCUGCGUACUGCUCUUCAUCCCGGACGGACACACCAAGGAGAUGCCCACUGCUGGCUCCAAGGAAAAGAGCAAAGCAGAGGCCAGCAAGAAAGGGGUGAAGGUACAGGCACAGUCUCCGAGCCACCCAGCCCCCUCCACACUGCCCCCAGCUGGCCAGGAGGACCCUGCAGCUCUGCUCAGCCGAAUCACAGCGCAGGGGGAGGCAGUCCGGGACCUCAAGGCCAAGAAAGCUCCCAAAGAGGAGAUUGACGCUGCCGUCAAGCAGCUGCUGGCUCUCAAGGCAGAGUUUAAACAGAAGACUGGGCUGGACUACAAACCAGACAUGGCCCCUCCCAACCCCGCCGCCACACAGACAGCCCCUGCCUCCAGCCCCGCCUCCUCCUGCCCCUUCGAGACAGUGUCUCAGCAAGGAGAGCUGGUCAGGAAGCUCAAGGCAGAGAAGGCACCCAAGGACCAGAUCGACGCUGCUGUCAAGCAGCUGCUGGCUCUGAAGGCAGAGUUCAAACAGAAGACUGGGCUGGACUACAAACCAGGCAUGGCUCCUCCCAGCCCCACCCCCACACAGACAGCCCCCUCCUCAUGCCCGUACGAGACAGUGGCUCAGCAGGGAGAGCUGGUCAGGAAGCUCAAGACAGAGAAGGCACCCAAGGACCAGAUUGACGCUGCCGUCAAGCAGCUGCUGGCUCUGAAGGCAGAGUUCAAACAGAAGACUGGGCUGGACUACAAACCAGACAUGGCCCCUCCCACACAGACAACUUCUGCCCCCAGCCCCACCCCCUCACAGACAGACUCCGCCUCCAAGGGGAGUCCAGCCAACACCCCUGAAGCCCAGGCUCUCUUCAACAAGGUAGCUGAGCAGGGGGAGCAGGUCAAGAAGCUAAAGGCAGAGAAGGCACCCAAGGACCAGGUGGAUGCUGCAGUGAAGUCCCUUCUCGACCUGAAGGCUCACUACAAGACUCUGAGCGGGGCCGAGUACAAGCCAGCCUCUGGGGCCGGCAGGGAGGACAAGAGGAAAGAGAAGGAGAACCAGUCUGAGAAACAGAGCAAGAAACAAGGAGGAGAGGCGCGGCGUGGCAAAGAGCCGACGAGGGAGCAGGACAAGAGCGCAGGGUCUGGGGGAGCAGGGGAGGGACAGGGCCCUAAGAAACAGACACGGUUGGGUCUGGAGUCUAAGAAGGAGGAGAAUUUAGCAGACUGGUACUCGCAGGUGAUCACCAAGGCGGAGAUGAUUGAGUACUACGACGUCAGCGGCUGCUACGUGUUGCGGCCCUGGUCCUUUGCCAUCUGGGAGACCAUCAAGAGCUUCAUCGACGCAGGGAUCAAGAAGCUGGGCGUGGAGAACUGCUACUUCCCCAUGUUCGUUUCUCAGGCCGCCCUAGAGAAGGAGAAAUCUCACAUCGCCGACUUCGCACCCGAGGUCGCCUGGGUAACUAGAUCUGGGAAAACUGAGCUGGCGGAACCCAUUGCUGUCCGUCCCACGAGCGAAACAGUGAUGUACCCAGCCUAUGCCAAGUGGGUGCAGUCCCACAGAGAUCUGCCAAUAAAACUGAACCAAUGGUGUAACGUGGUGCGGUGGGAGUUCAAGCACCCCCAGCCGUUCCUGCGUACCCGGGAGUUCCUGUGGCAGGAGGGGCACACCGCCUUUGCCACAAAAGAGGAGGCUGCUGAGGAGGUGCUUCUGAUCCUGGAGCUGUAUGCGCAGGUGUACGAGGAGCUGAUGGCCAUUCCGGUGGUGAGGGGCCGGAAGACGGAGAAGGAAAAGUUUGCCGGGGGAGAUUACACCACCACCGUGGAAGCUUUUAUCUCUGCCAGUGGCAGAGCCAUCCAGGGCGCCACCUCACACCACCUGGGUCAGAACUUCUCUAAGAUGUUUGACAUCACGUUCGAGGAUCCGAAGCGGCCGGGAGAGAAGCAGUUUGUCUUCCAGAACUCGUGGGGUCUGACCACCCGCACCAUCGGGGUGCUCACCAUGGUGCACGGGGACAACAUGGGGCUGGUGCUGCCGCCCAGGGUGGCCUGUCUGCAGAUCAUUAUCAUUCCCUGUGGAAUCACUGCCUCCCUCCCCGAGGAGGAACGGGACACACUUCUCCAAAAAUGCUCCCAGUAUCUGGACAGACUCAUGAAGAUCGGGAUCCGAGCCAAGGCUGACCUCAGAGACAACUACUCUCCCGGCUGGAAGUUCAAUCACUGGGAGCUCAAGGGUGUCCCUGUGCGUGUGGAGGUGGGACCUCGUGAUAUGAAGAGCAGUCAGUUUGUGGCAGUACGCAGAGACACAGGAGACAAGCUAACAAUCAAGGAGGAUGAGGCAGAGAACAGGAUGAGAGACCUGCUGGAGGAGAUUCAGACCAACCUGUACACCAGGGCUUCCAAUGACCUGAAGAAACACAUGGUUGUUGCCGACUCGAUGGAGCAGUUUCAGAAAGAAAUGGACCAGGGCAAGAUCGUGCAGAUUCCAUUCUGCGGUGAGAUUGAGUGUGAGGAUUGGAUCAAAAAGACCACGGCAAAGGACCAAGAUGUGGAGCCUGGAGCGCCCUCUAUGGGAGCCAAGAGUCUCUGCAUCCCCUUCAAACCCCUGCAGGAGCUGAAGGCUGGACAGAUGUGUGUGAGCGGCAAGGAGCCUGCCAAGUACUACACACUGUUCGGACGCAGCUACUGAGGAGAGAGCGAGCCCAACUGAGAAUCUGACCAGCCCAAUCCUCACUCCGGUUCACUAAUAUGACACUCCCACUAGUCCUGCACCCAGGCCUGGUUUUUACAGCUCCCCUUGAAAUGACCAGGUGCCAGGAAUUCAAGCAAUCAAUCCUGCUAGAUCUGCUCCAAACUGAUCGCACUUUGUCACAGUGCAUGAAUAAGUGUCACCAGAUUAAGUUUAUUAAUAGAAGUUGUUCCUGUAGCUCUAUUUAAACGGGUCUGGUUGCUCUUUUUAGUUUUAAUAAUACACUUCAUUGAGGGUAGCUGUGAAACCCAGGACUGGGUGCAGGGCUAACGUGCUAUUGUUAAUAUUACUGUUAUAGGGUGCAGAUCCCAUGGCUCAGCAAUAUUAAUAUAACCCUAGUGUUAAUAUUCCUGAUUCAAGGAGAAGUAGCUCUGCGAUAGUAACACAUUGGUGUGUUUUAAUGGACUAACCUGCUCUCCCCAAAAUCUCUUGUGUGGACCCUAACCCACCCACCCCUCUUCAAACUGACUGGUAAUGCAGAAAGCUAACAGGUGUUGUUUUAUCGGACAGAGUUAAAGCUCAAUAUUAAAAAAAGGGAUUAUAAAAUA